CAGAAAGAGCUCUAGAUAUGGGGACUAGAGUAUAUGAGAGAGAGGGAGGGACAUCCAGCCUGGAAGAGAUGUGACUCUGCGAAUUAAAUCUCUCCAGUAACAGGAAGGGGAUGAAUGAUUUUUUUCCACCCAGCUCUAUUAGAGUCCUGCCUCACUGGAGGAAUACAAGCUCUGCCAGGUUAAUGUGUCUGGGAAACAGAAAUUUACGGGCUAUUAAUGGGAAUAUUCACUACCUGCCUGCCUUUGACCAAGUUCUAAACUAUAGCCAGAAGGACAGCGAGUUAAGAGAUCCAUGAGAAAACCACACAUUUUUUGGCAAUGUUUUACCAUACACAGAAGCUGGCACGGCUGGAAGAGGAAAUCCUGAAAAUAAUGUGAAAGCCCUCCUACUGCAGGUCAAGAAUCAAGAAGCCUACACGCGCUCAAGAGGUCAACCGACUUCUCCUGGGGAGGAGGCUAGUUUCAUCCAAAGAGCAGGAACGAAGCAGUUCCAAUCUAUUUGAAUGGAGGAAGAUAACCUGAACAUCAUCAUCUUUCUCUAAAACAGUGCUGAGAGAUGUUAUUGCGAGAUGUCCGGGGACUAUGAAGAGGAUUUUUGCCAAGCCACCGUCAUGCUGCUGAAGGAAUUGUGCUUUGGCAGCGAACGCUUUAAAGAACAGGAAAAAUGUUUGGAGUUUUCCGACAUGCUCCGAAGCCGGGGCAUGACGCGAUACAUGGAUACAGAUGUCUCUGUAAGCCUACUGUCUGUCAUUGUCACCUUCUGUGGGAUUGUCCUUCUUGGGGUCUCGCUCUUUGUUUCCUGGAAGUUGUGUUGGAUUCCAUGGAGGGACAAAGGAUCGUCCCAGACCCAACGCAAAGAUUACGGACACCAUGGCCAUCUCCACCAUUCCCACUAUGGGGACCUGCUGGUCGACCGCGUGGAGCUUGGACCUGAGAUGCCUGAACGCUCUUAUUUAGAUAUGGAUUCUUACCCAGAAACCAACAUUAAAAAUAGUCAGACGUCUCCUGACAUACCAGUGGAAAGUCAGACUGGGCCUAAGGAAUCGCAGAUACCUUAUGCACAGUCCCACCAGCAAGUAGCAAACAUAGCGCCGGCCACAAGGUACAGUACGCUGCCAAGACCCAUGACCCAACAGUUGUCUAGCCCUGAUUUCUCAGGUCACGUGGAUGAGAAACCAGAGCAAACCACCAGCAUUGGUCAGAUCAAGCCAGAGUUGUAUAAGCAACGUUCAGCGGACGCGGAGAUGAAAAAACAAGAAGCCACCAGCUGCGGACGGAUCAGCUUUGUCCUGCGUUACGCCUACAAUACCGAACAGCUGGUGGUCAAGAUUCUUAAAGCCUUAGACCUCCCGGCGAAAGAUGCCAACGGGUUCUCAGACCCGUAUGUGAAGAUGUAUCUGCUGCCAGAUCGCAAGAAAAAGUUCCAGACUAAAGUUCAUAGAAAGACUCUUAACCCAAUCUUUAAUGAGACAUUCCAUUUUAACGUGCCCUUUAAUGAGCUUCAGAACCGCAAGUUGCACUUCAGUAUUUACGACUUCGACAGGUUUACUCGACAUGACCUGAUUGGGCAGGUUGUGCUGGAUAACCUGCUGGAGUACUCCAAUCCUACAGAAGAGAGUCCCAUCUGGCGAGACAUCUUGGAAGCCAGCUCCGAGAAAGCUGAUUUGGGUGAAAUUAACUUCUCGCUCUGUUACCUCCCGACCGCCGGCCGUCUCACUGUUACAAUUAUAAAAGCGACCAACUUAAAGGCUAUGGAUUUGACCGGUUUCUCAGAUCCGUACGUGAAAGCCUCUCUCAUCUGCGAGGGACGGAGGCUGAAGAAACGGAAAACGUCGAUAAAGAAGAACACGUUAAACCCGACGUAUAACGAGGCGCUCGUGUUUGACAUUCCCAAUGAGAAUAUGGACCAUGUCAGCCUCACAAUCGCAGUAAUGGACUAUGAUUGUAUAGGACAUAACGAGGUUAUUGGAAUGUGUCGGGUGGGCAGCGAUGCAGAUAUGCCUGGCAGAGAGCACUGGAACGAGAUGUUGGCAAACCCUCGGAAGCCCAUAGAACACUGGCAUCAGCUGGUGGAGGAGAAGGCUCUUAGCAGUUUUGUGACAAAAUCACCCCCUCCUCGAGAGAAGCCAAGUAUAAUCGUGGACAAUACGCAUUCUGACUAGUGGCGCCUACUACCUAAGAAGUGAAAACCAGAUCAAAAGGACUGUCUCCGUGUCAGGUGCUUCACUGUCUAUUUCCUCUUCAUUACAUAUUUUUUUUGCGGGGAGGCGGCUCCUCAGACUUAGAAGAGAAAAAGGCGCAGCCGAUAACAGCAGAAUCAUUUUGAUUUUCCUUAAAGCCAUAAAGUACUCAUUAUGCAUUAUUAGAUGAAGGUCACCAAGACACGGUGAACUCUAAAAGUCCUUCUGGCAAACGAUAAUGCAGAGAUCUGAAUUAUCGAUCAACCAUUUCAAUCUCCAGCGACACAAUGAACACUGCAUGGGUGAUGAAGAUGAAGAGUUUGCAGAACAGAGUUAAUUCAUUAGCUAAAACAACCACUGAUUAGCCUAACAAGGAACCUGCAUCUGAGUUAUUUGCAUGUCAAAGGAAAGCCUCUACUCCCAGCGUAAUAAAUCCAUGAGCAGGGAACUCAGUGCUUGGCUUCUGAAGAAAUGCCGCCAUGACAUCACCCCUUGUUUCCACAUUGGUUGGGUUACAAAGAACAACUCUUUUGGUCAGCGUUCUGUGUUCUAAUGGCCAAGUAUCAAUGGUGGUAGAUGAAGGACUCUACAUCUUCUGUAACCGGAGAAGGUCCACGAAGACUGUUGUUGACCAACACACCUCACUAGCUGGCAUUGAUGAUGUUUUGGGGGAAGGUAGAUGUCUUCAGAAGACUUUGUACAAGAGCUUGUGGCAAUAGAUCACUGGACAGCAAGUGAACCUUGUAAACCGCGAGCUUCUCGAAUUGCGAUGAAGGCACUUUUCCGUUGACUGUCUUUCUAUUGAUACAUGUAAUAAUGUACAUUAUGUGUGUGUGUGCGACUGAUAAAAAUGUCAAAGUUGAUUGAUAUUCGAUGGUUUCCUCCUUCCUGUUUGAAAAAAAAAAAAGGUAGCUGCAACAGUAUUAUAAAGUUGGGCAAGAUUUACGACUAUGAUCACUUUUUUUGGUGUUUAUAGUGAUGAUCGUAACCAUGUGGAAGAGUUUGUCUUCCAGCCUCUCAUGGAGCCUGGCUUUGUAUUCUCUUUUCUAAUGCAAAAGACGAGAUAGGAUAGAUAGGGUGCAAAAA